AACUAGCUGGCGUCUUGGCUCAGAUUAAAGGUGACGUCCACACUGCAAGGAGCGCAAAAACAGAACUCUUCAACUUUCUUCGGGAAAAGUUUUCGGGAACAUUUGAGACAAGAUGUUGCGCGUUGCAACUUUGGCGCUGUUGGUGUUCGCUGUAGCGGCAUACCCCGCUGAUUAUAGAGGUUCCGGUCCAGAAAAAUGCGAUGGUGAGAACCGCCUGUCCCCCGGCCAUGAGUACACCUACAACUACACCGUGGAGGGCUACAGGAAGCCGCUGGCGAACGUGGAAGACAAGAUCCUCUGGUUCAAAUGGCUCUGCUCAGCACAUAUCAAGGUUUACGGCCCCUGCGAGAUGGUCCUGUCCACCCCGUACUGUGAGGUGCUGAAGGCCGUGACCUCUGACAUGGAGGAGGAGCGGGAGUACAGAACGUUCGCCCACGGCAAGUCGUACACCCGUGAGUUCACCGAGGACGUUGACCUGCCGUUCUACAUGAACCUGGGCGAGGUCACCAGCAUCUCUCCGAAGGUCGACGGUCCUCUGCACGUCCUCAACCUCCACAGGGACAUGCUCUCCAUGCUGCAGCUCCCCACCAGGCUCGACGACCUGGAUAAGAUCACGGCCCACCGCAGUGUGCACGGCGACUGCGCGCCCAGGUAUGAGAUCACCGACAGCGUCGACCUGUCGGGCACCAGCGUCGCGCUCGGAGUGCGCAUGCUCAAGGACAUGUCCAAGUGCCAGCACCCCGACAACGUUUUCCAGGACGAGGUAAUGGAAGAGACCCUCGGUGACGCCUCCCAGCAGUGUGAUUACGUCAUGAACGAGGAGGGGCGUAUCGACAAGGUCACGUGUCGCGAGCAGACCCCCGAUAACUACCUGCACCACAAUAACCCCUUCCUCAUCGCCAAUAACACCCGCAAGCUCGUCUUCGUCAAGAAGGACCCGCUCAAGGUGCUGAAAUCUGAGGACGCUUACGACAAGGACGGCCGCUACUAUGAUGACCUGAUCUUCAAGAUCGACGAACCCACCAGCCCCCAGAAAUCCCCAAGGAAGAAGGCGCCCUCUGACUGCAGGCCCGUGAGGUGCAGGAUGUUCUGCAAGUUCGGCUGGCAGAUCGACGAGAACGGCUGCGAGGUUUGCCGCUGUAACCAGCCUGGCCAGUACCUUCUGGACAAGGAGAAGUGCAUCGGGAAGAACCGUUUCGAGCCGGGCCGCCGCUACAUCUACAACUACACCGUGGAGGGGAAGAAGGAGUCUCCCGCGCACAUGGGCAAGACUCUCUGGCUCAGGUCCACUUACAGAGUUGUUCUGGACGCCAUUGACGCCUGUCACGCCAUUAUCACCACCCCCAAGUGUGAGAUUCUGAACGCCGAGACCAGCGACGACUCCGAGAAGCCCGAGUACUCUUCAUUCGCACAGGGUGUCCAGUACGCCAAGGCCUUCACCCAGGACUACCCGCUGAUCGUCUACUGGAACAAGGGUCUGGUGGAGGUCAUCGCCCCGCAGGUCGACAUGCCGGUGUACAUCCUGAACAUGCGCCGUGAGAUCCUCUCCCUGCUGCAGAUGCCCAUCGACGUGCCCGAGGGAAAGGAGCAGAUCCGUAACGUGUACGGCGAGUGCCGCCCGGAGUUCGAGAUCACCGACCAGAAGAUCUUCCUCAACAACCGCGUGGUGACCGGCGUGAACGUCAGGAACGAGCUGACGCAGUGCAAGCACCCCGAGAGCUCCUGGGAGGAGGUCUUCGGCGUGCAGCUGACCAACGCCACCAGGGAGUGCAAGUACCACCUCAGCUCCAAGGGCAGGAUCCAGAAGGUGUCCUGUAAGGAGGUGAUGGAGGAUGCUUCUCUGUCUUACAACAACCCCUUCAUGAUCGCCAACAGCCGCAGUCACCUCAACUUCCUGGGCACUCGUUCUCUGCCGGACCCUGUGCCUACCCUGUCUAUGGAGAACCGGAGGAAGACCGACCUCGUCUUCGAGAUGGAAGAACAGGCUGACAGCAGACCCAAGGAGGAGGAGGAGAAGAAGGAGGAGGAGUGCACGGAUGCCAAGUGCGCGAUCGUGGAGGAGGUGGUGGAGGUGCCGAGGGUUCCUGUGUGGAAGCAGGAGAAGGGCGAGCCUGUGGAGAGGACCCACGUGGACGGGGGCGACUUCGUGUGCAAGGACGGAAACCAGUUCCAGCCCGGUUACCGGUACCUGUACGGGUACUACGGCAAGGCUCAGGGUAAGAUGAGCUCUCAGCCCGGCAAGGACGGGUACUGGGUCACCGCGCGCUGCUGGGUCGAGAUCGAGGUCACGAGCAAGUGCAGUUUCUACAUGAAGACGGCUAACUGUGUGUUCCGUGACUCCGAGCCCCGCGUGCCUGGAGACAAGGUGGAUAAGGAGUUCCACAAGCUGUCAGCCAACCUGGGAGAACACCCCAUCUACGUCGAGCUCAACCACGGUCUGGUGCACCGUCUAGUUGUGGACCCGUCCGAGUCCACCCACAUCCUGAACACCAAGCGCGCCAUCCUGUCUACUCUCCAGAUGCACCUGGCAGAGAACCCUCGUCUCAACACCAACAUCACACAGGGUGACAUCUAUGGCGACUGCCCGGUUAACUACGUCAUCAGCGAGGUCGAGGAGGGUCACGUGGUCGGGAUGAACGUCACCAAGCACGUGUCCAAGUGCAAGCACCCCAAGGAGGAGAUGGCCAGCAAGAUGGCAGGGAGCCACUCCGGCGCGCACCAGACCUGCCGGUCGGACCUGACGCACGACUCUGUGAUCGAGCGGGUGAUCUGCAAGGACGUCCGGCCCGUGCGCGAGGACAGGAUGAUCGAGACGCACCGCAUCCUGGUCCUGCAGCACGUCCGCCCGCUCAAGCCCAACGAGCCGCAGUACCGCUUCGACAUCGAGGAGGGUAAGGAGACGAGCCUGACAUACGAGGCUGAGGAGGGGAAGGGCGCAGAGGAGGACGAGGAGACCAUCAGCCUCAGGGGAGGACUGGAAGCCAAGACGCCGUGUAAGCCUGUCCGGUGUAAGAUGUACUGCGAGCACGGCUUCAGGACCGACAAGCGCGGCUGCGAGAUCUGCGAGUGCGCAAAGGAAGGCGAGGGCACCUGUACCGAUGACGAUGGGGUGACCCGUAAGAACGGCGAGAAGUGGCGCCCGUCCUUCGACGAGGACUGGUGCAACUCCUGCCACUGCGAGAACGGCAAGGUGGCGUGCCUGGGCGUCGUCUGCGCCAACCCCGACUGCGGCAACGAGGCGCCCGUCAAGGUGGAGGGCCAGUGCUGCCCCGUCUGUCCCGAUGAGGAGAAGCCACAGAAGCCCGGUGACAUCAAGCAGGGUGUCUGCACGACCAAGGACGGCCAGACUUACAAGGAUGGUGAAUUGUGGGAGGAGAAGGACUGUACCAAGUGCAUGUGCAUGGAGGGGGAGGCAGUGUGCACAUCCGUGCUGUGUGAGGUGCCAGAUUGCGGAGAGGGCGUGGAGCCCAUCAUGAACGACGGCGACUGCUGCCCCAAGUGCCCGGAGGUGGAGAAGUGCACGAGCUCUGACGGGAAGGAGUACGUGGCUGGCGAGACCUGGGAGGAGGACGGCAGCUGUACCACUUGCAGGUGCGAGGGCGAGAAGACCGUGUGCAUGUCGAUGAUGUGUGACUGGCCGCAGUGCGAGGACGGCGCGGAGCCCGUGAAGAAGGAGGGAGAGUGCUGCCCGUCGUGCCCUGUGGACGCUAACGCCCUGGAGACCCUAGUCUCUUCCAACGGCAAGUUCGCGCUGGAGCUGUACAAGCAGCUGACCAGACAGGCGGAUGCCGGAAACGUGUUCGUGUCUCCGUUCAGCAUCUCCACGGCUCUGGCCAUGACGUACCUAGCGGCCAAGGGGAAAACUGCAGAGCAGAUGGGAAGCACCAUGCACUUCCAGGACCUCAGUGAUCUGACGCUCCACAAGACGUUUGCUGAGCUGACAGAGACGACCAGUUCCAACCUGACGUCAUACACCCUGUCCGUGGCCAACAAACUCUUCGUGCAGGAGGAUUUCGACCUGCUGAAAACCUACAUCGACGGCGUGGAGCGGCACUAUGGCUCGGACGUGGGCAGGGUCAACUUUGGAGACGCCAAGGUCGCCAGCGACAUGAUCAACAACUGGGUUGAGGAGAAAACCCAGCAGAAGAUCCAUGACCUGAUCCAGGAGGACAUGCUCAACGACCUGACCAGGGUGGUCCUGGUCAACGCCAUCUACUUCAAGGGUCAGUGGGCAGACAUGUUUGACCCGUACGACACGGCAGACAUGCCUUUCUACAGGACGGAGGAGGACAGUGUGGACAUCCCUAUGAUGUUCAGGGAGGGCAGGUACAACAGCGUGAGGGACCCGGAUGUGGGCUGCAGCGUGCUGGAGUUGCCAUAUAAGGACAAGGACCUGAGCAUGCUGGUCAUCGUGCCGACAGAGAAGGAAGGUCUGGCGCAGGUGGAGAGCAAAAUCACCAUGGAGACGCUUCAGAGGUGGAACGACAACUUCGUCAACAAGUUGACGCUUGUGUACCUGCCCAAGUAUAAGAUAGAGUACGCCGUGAGUGUGACGGACCACCUGAAGCGGAUGGGCAUGGAGGAUCUGUUCGACCGCAGCCGGGCCGAUCUGUCCGGACUAACCGGAGAAAGGGACUUACACGUGUCCGACGUCGUGCACAAGGCAUUCGUAGAGGUGUAUGAGAAAGGCAGCGAGGCGGCGGCUGCUACGGGAGUUCAGAUCUCUCUAUUGUCGGCUAAAAUCUGGCCUGAGCCUCCCGUGACCGUCCGGGCCGACCGCCCCUUCCUCUUCUUCAUCCGCGACAACCGCAACCACUCCAUCCUCUUCAUGGGCAGGGUCACCGACCCCAUCGGGAAUAAGUAGUCAAGCAACAAGUAUCUUAAUCCUGAGUAGCCAGCAUCUAUUUUCUUGAAUUGUUUUGUAACUCCUGUGCAUUGCCUGGCUAUAUUUUGUUAUAAUUUGCCAUAAUUUGUUAUAAUUUGCUGAGUUCUUUUAUGUUAGUCAGGUGUGUUAAUGUUUGAAUACAAUUUGUUUUUAAUUUUGUAUUAUGUCUUCGGCACACAGCAUGUCCGUUUAUGCCACCGAUGCAAAGGUGACGAGUAAAAAGAUCAAAGCCAGUAUGGAGCAAGUUUAAACUGUAAUGUCCAACUAAAAAAAUUGGUCUUACCCAAUUCUUCAAAUGUACAACUGUAUAGUUGUGGUCAGGGAAUCUACCAUCCAUCCCUUCUGUAACGUCAUGUCAAUAUGUAGAUGACACGCGCGACUCUGUGAGCAGUGGAUCAUGAUUGCAGAAAAAAACGCACAUGUUUCAACCACAAGAGAUAUCUUUUGCAGUUCACUGACUAUCCAUGUGUAAUAAUUAAUUCCUUGCUGCAAUAUGAACUUGAAUGAAUUAGGGACAUGUCAUCGCGCAGUUCUAUAUAAUGUCUUUAAUUUAUCUUAGAACACAUUGUCGUCUUUAUCUAUAAUAUUGUAGUAGAUAUAACCAGUCAUAAUUGUCUUGCUGAUGACAGACGGUCAUCGAAACGUCUGCUCUUAAACAAGUGAUUGUGAAUAAAGAGCUUUAACAGUUGUUAU